UGAGCUUUUGCAAUGAGCUUUAUUAUAAUUACUUCUCGAAUUUUUUCCAAUUUUUCUUUCAUUCAAUUUAAUAAUAGUUUUCUGCAAAUAUCAAAAAUUCUCGCAAGAAUCGUCCAAUUCUGAAAAUUAGUUUCUUCAAAGAGUCAUGUAAAAAGACUACAAAACAAUAAAAAAAUCUCUAAGAUCCUGUAAAAAUGAAGGACCAAAUUUCUCCCCGUAUUCUCGAAAUUCGAAAUUUUCCAACAAAAACCAAAAAUUUCCAAGAAGCAAAACUAAUAAAAGACAGUAAUAAUGAAAAUGGUUUUACCGCAGAUUCAGGAAAAUUAAACAAUGAAAUUGAAAAGGGAGAGAAAAUUCAGGAAAGCAGAGGAAGUAACAAAACAUCAAACCUUGAUGAAAUUAAUCUUAAUUUGGAAUCUUCCGAGAAACAGGAGAACUAUUUAGAUGCCAAGUUAAAAAAAUGGUUAAGCAAAAGCGAAUAUCCCGAAAAUUUUCAGAGUUGGUCCAAAAGAGAGAAAAAAGAUUGGUUGUACAAUAAUCUAAAGAUGCAGUUACCAGAUACACCCGAUAGUCUAGCAGAUUUAAUGAUUGGAAUUGCUUUUGAUGGAGAUUGUGGAAGAUCACCUGAAGAAAGACCGGAUUGGUUAGACAUGGAGAAAUUUAAAAGGGGACAAAAAUUUGGUAGGGAUUAUGCAUUUGGAUUGGCGUAUUCGCAGAUGUUGUCACUUUUUGUUUUAUUUUCGUUUGAGGAUGCAUUAAAACCUUUGAUUAUCACUGGGAAGUCAAGUACGCCUUAUACGGCCUUUAAAAGAUACCUAUCAACAAAUACGCGUGUAAGAAAUUGGAACCUAGAGGAUCCUUGGAAGAAGGAUACAUCAGCUUACAAUGACAUUCAAGCAGUCAGGAAAAUGCAUACAAACAUUCGAAAGAGAUUGGAAAAAACCAAAAAUGAGGAUAUAGAUGAAGAGGCUAAAAUUAAGAAUCUAUAUUGUCCUACAAGGGAUAUUCUUCUAGAAGAUUUUCAAUCAGCUUGUCUUGCACCUGUCCCCGGACAGUGUCCUUAUAUUGUUUUUCGAAAUCCUGAUUUUAAAGGUACGAGACCCAAAGGAUUACAUCAGGGAGAAAUGGUGGCUACCCAAUUUGGAUUUGUAGGAUUAAUGAUUUUGUACCCUAAAUCAUUUGGUGCUCAUUAUGCAACUGAGGAAGAUUUAGAGGCUUUUUGUCACCUUUGGCGGGGACUGGGAUAUCUUCUUGGAAUGGAUGAUGAUUUUAAUCUUUGUCGAGGAUCCUUGAAUGAUGUAAGACAACGAUGCAGAGAUAUUCUGGAACUUUGGGCAAAACCUAAUUUCAGAGAAUUGACACCUGAAUGUGAGCAUAUGAUGAGGUGUGUUGUGGAAGGCACUAACUAUUAUUUGCCUGGGUCCACUUAUGAAUCGUCUAUCUUAUAUCUGUCCGAGUUACUUAAUCUGAACACGCCAAGAUUGUAUUCAACUUUAUCUUAUGGGGCUUGGAUCAGGCAUAAAAUGUUGAAGACUUUUUUUUGUUAUACGAGUCGAUUGCCUGGUAUGAUGUCGUUAAUGAACAGCAAACUUGAUGCAGCUUUUGAAAUGGCUUUGAACUUUAGUCCUGAAAAACACAAGGAAUUACAAAAAAAAUCUGAAGAAAGCUUACAAAGAGGAUCGUCAAUAAAAUUUAGUCCUUAAUUAUAAUAUUUUUACCAAAUUAUGUUUUUGGGUCGAUAUAAGGUUGUUUAUAACAAGAUGGGGAUGAGAUAAAUAUUACAUUGCUGUAAUAUAAAUAUAUCAUUUCCAAACUAAAAUAUUUUAAAAAAAGAAUUGUAUUUUACGAGUUUUUGGUGCUAUUGCCUGUGAUAGAGAUACAUAUUAAUAAUUGUUUUCAGCAAACUUGAAGUGAUAUUAUAUUUUAUGUAUUUUUGGAAAGCGAAGUGAUAGAAAUAAUAGAAAAAAUUUUUAAUGUUUGUUA